AUUGAAUAUAUGAUCAUCAAGUUGGACCACAAGAACAGGAGAGCCAGACUCAGCUUACGAGGUUCAGAACUGUUGGAGGUGCUGAGAGAAGCUGAGGAGACCAACCCAAGGGAGGUACGGUCACUGUGGCGGCCUGAAUAUGCAGAAUACAUGGUGGAGGGAACCCCUGGCCAGCCCUAUGGUUCCUUGGCUCAACACUUCAACAUCGUGGAGCACAACAUGAGCUUUCGUCGAAGUGAAGUACAGAGCUUGCUGCAACCUGAUGAAGUCGUCCUCUCUCUCACUAAUUUUCCCAGGAUGGGAUGCGAGGACUUCACCUACCCUCCUUCCUGCCCUGAUCCCACUUCUGGAGUCUCUCGGUCACUAUUCUUUCCCGAAGCUGCCAUCACGCAGAGUCAUCCACGGUUCAAGACGCUCACGCGCAAUAUUCGUGAGAGACGGAAAGAAAAAGUUGCGAUCAAUGUCCCUAUAUUUAUAGACCUUAAAACUCCAAGACCAUUUGUCGAAGAUUUGUCAAAAUAUGGUGAUGAUGGUAGUUCAGCAGCUGCUGCAAAGGAGGACCAUGUGUAUAUGGAUGCAAUGGGAUUUGGUAUGGGAUGCUCGUGCCUACAGAUGACCUUCCAGGCAUGUAAUAUCAAUGAAGCCAAGGUCCUCUAUGAUCAUCUAACACCACUCUGUCCUGUUAUGCUUGCUCUCACUGCUGCCUCGCCAGUUUACCGUGGUUACCUGACAGAUGUGGACUGCAGAUGGGAUGUCAUAUCUGCCUCGGUCGACUGUCGCACCCGGGAGGAACGAGGCUUAGAGCCACUUAGGAACGACAGAUUUGUGAUACCAAAGUCUCGGUAUGACUCGGUGGACUGCUACCUCUCGGAAUGUGGUUCCAGGUAUAAUGAUAUUCCUCUAGUGUAUGAUAAGGAUAUCCAGCAGAAACUUGUUGAUAGUAAAGUGGACGAGUACAUGGCUCAACAUAUAGCUCACCUCUUCAUUCGGGACUCCAUCUCCCUCUUCUCUGAGAGGAUUUAUCAAGAUGACAUGAGAGAGAUGGACCACUUUGAGAAUAUUCAGAGCACCAAUUGGCAGACAAUGAGAUUCAAAUUGCCGCCAGUUAACAGUAACAUCGGGUGGAGGGUGGAGUUCCGACCAUGUGAGGUUCAGCUGACCGAUUUUGAAAAUGCUGCGUUUGGAGUGUUCAUCGUACUGCUAACUCGUGCAAUACUUACUUUUAAACUCAAUAUGUUAAUACCUAUUUCAAAGGUCGAUGAAAAUAUGAAGAACUGCCAGAAGAAAAAUGCUGUAUUGGAUCAGAAGCUAUGGUUCAGGCGGGAAAUUUUUUCUCGAGACUGUGAUAAAGGCGACGACGCAUGUCAGAUGACUGUCAGUGAAAUUAUUAAUGGAAAGGGAGAAGAGUUUGUGGGGUUAAUUCCACUGGUCCGGCAGUACCUGGGAGCCCUGGAUAUGGACGCCGACACAGCUUGCACUGUUGGUCAAUAUUUAAACUUCAUUAGUGCACGAGCUGCUGGAACGGCAAUGACCACCGCUGCCUGGAUAAGGAACUUCAUUACAUCACAUCCAGAAUACAAACAGGAUUCUGUGGUGAGUGAUGGAAUUGCCUACGACUUGAUUAUUGCGGCUAGUGACAUAACUCAAGGUAAACAGGAGUGCAAGGAGCUGCUCGGUGGUACACCAAAAACUAAAACAUCGGAAGACAUACCAAAGGCCAUGAAGAAAAUCAUUCAAAUGACAUGCAUGGUGCCACGCAAUGCUGAGUAACUUGCCACCCUCAUCAUGUUAUUUUCCUGCAUUUCUGAUAAAGCAUAAUAAAAAGAUAAGGCUGUACUUUAAGGGAGAAAAUAGAUAUGGUAAGUGGCACAGAUGUGUAAAAAUGUAAUUAACGAUGGCUGAAGGGAGAAGCCAUAGGCCUGAGAAAGACUUUCAUUGCAUGCUGUCUCGCUAAAUGGUCAUUCACUAUGGCAGUGAUGCCUGAAUCUGGGACCAUAACUAAGUUUAGAAGUUAAAUAUAUUAUGGAUAUACCAAGGGAAAUAUUUUAAUGUCACUGAGCAUCAUCAUGCCUUUUCCUGCAGUUCAAUACAGGUGCUAAGUUUUGUCAGUCCCUUACCCUAGUGGGUUUAGUGCUUGAUUUUGAUAAUUAUUAGUCCCUUAAAACCCCUGAAAAGUAAUUUUGAAAUUAGUUUCAUGACAAAAAAAAAUCAAAGGAAAAAAUUUUGUAAUAAAGAUUUUACACGAGAAAAAGCAAUUCUUAAAACUAAUACGUAUUGUCACUAGAAUAAAUAUUACAUCUGCUAAAAGUUAACUACUCGUUACUUUCAUACACUGGUACCUCACGUUAUAAUAUUUGUAUCACACUCUCUUUACAGUGGUCAGUGUUCACUGAGAGUAAUGGCAAUGUGGUACUGCCCAUUAAAUAAAGCAAGUCUUAAUCUGACACUUAUUGAGCAAUUAGAAAAAAAUAUUAAUGUUUCAGUGUGAUAUACAAGGGCAGCAGGAAAGACUUGCUUGUAAAAUGCAUUUAUUAUUAUUUUGGUGAAAUGUAUUACCAUCAGGAGCUGUAAAAAAACGUCCAACAGUUGGGUGUCUUGACACACACACAGGCUUCAUCAGACCAAUACAAAGAACAGUGAAGAUCAGAACUUUGAGGUAAUCAGUCCCUCAGCCUGGAGUUGACUCCAGGCUAAGGGACUGAUUAUCUCAAAUUCUUGAUCUUCUUUGUAUUGGACUGAUGAAGCAAAGCUUUUCCACAAUAAAGAUACCCAAAUGUUGCACAUGUCUAACUUUUCAACUUGUUCAUUUUCUGAAUCACAUAUCUUCAUUACAGCACUUAUAAAAGAUAGUCGUGAACAUUUUGUACAGUAAAUAAAGCAAGACAUACUAAUUACUGUUACCCUAUGGAGGGUUGAGCCAAAACUGACUUACCUUACAGUUGAAAAACAGAGCUCAGCUAAUUUAACAAGUCUUGCAUGAUGUGCCUAUACAAGUUUAUAAUCGAGCUUCCAGUAUAUCGAGAAUAUGUUUAUUAGUAAAUAAUUAAUAGAGCAGAGAGAUGACAUAAUACAAAUGUGAAUUCAAGGGUAAUUUUAUAACUAUUUCAAACCUGGUUUCCUAAUAUUGGAACUUAGUUAUACAAUAAUAUGAGGAAAAUGAAAUGGUUGCAAAAUUAUCCUCAGAUUCAUAUUUACUAAUCUUUAACCAUCGGGAAUUAUUUUAAAUAUAAGGAUCCUGUUGUCGCCUCUUUUCUAAUGAAUACACUAGAUUAAAUGUUACAUACAUUGGAAGCUCAAUUAGAAUACAGGAGGCCCCCCUGUUCAUACAACGCCGUCAUCUGUCCCUUAGGCAACCGUUGUAUGAAAAUGCUCGGAGCGGCGGUAAAAGCACCGAAUAUAGUAAACAAUGGCUCAGUUGAAAGCCAACAAUAGUGUGGAACACUGAAAAAGAGGUGCUGUAUAUGCAGGUCCCUUACUGUACAUGAGCACAGAGGUCUAUCAUACAGGACUCUUGCUGUGGCUUAUACUAUAUCAAUUCAAGACUGAUUGAUCAAGCUCAGAUCCACAAGGUAUGGUGACAAACCAGGCCCCUGAAAACCUCUACAGGUAUUACCUAAGCCCUCUUUUUCAACUUUAAGAUAUUUUGAAAUUAAAAUUUAUUUACUAAACAUAAUUGAUUUUAAAAUUAUCCCCAUGCUCUACUUAUAAGUUAUAUUGAAGAAUUUGAAUUUAUAUAUUAAGGAACUUAAUGAUUAUACCACAAUAACUCCUUUGUUUGAGUUUUAUUAUAUUCUUGACUACUGUGUACCUGGGUCAAUUUUGACUUCAGCCUUCAUAUAUUAUUAUUAUAAUAAAAAAGAAGUGCUAAACCUACAAGGGUCAUACAGCACAAACCCUUCAUGUAGUAGGACAAAAUGGUACAUCUCCCCAUGACUUCUGUCUUAUAGUCUGUAUGAGAGUUUUAAUGUUUUUAUAAAUCAUGGUGAAAGUGUCAUUGAAACACAAAUGCAUUUUGAAAGUCUUUCCUGUAACCUUCAGAUUAACAAAAUAUUGUAUUAUGCACACAAUGUAUAUAUUUAUUUUGAUCAGAUAUUCAUUGCCUGCAUGUGACUUAUUAUUGUAAAACAUUUUACCAAUUCCAAUUCCUAAAUGUACUGGUGUGCAUAGUUUGAAGAUGAAAUAAACAAGAUGGUAAAAUGAUUGGAUGACUUUUCAACAUGUCUGUUCUAGUGAUGACCUGACAAAUCUACUUCCUUCAAACAGUUUAAUAGUGAAGCCUGCAUAGACAAGGCAGUUUAUAUAAUGGUCCUCUACUAAAUAAGGGAAACUGCCCUUCACUACUAAUAUUAAGUUGCUAAUAAAGGUUUUUUAACAAUGAA